AUGCUCGUGAAGACUUCCAACAUCGAUUCAUCUACAUGUCAGAUAACUAUGCGUCGAUCACAUCCAUGGAUCAACAACUUCAAUGAAUGGAUUAUAAGUGCUUGCCGAUCCAAUAUGGAUAUAAAAUUUAUCUGGACUGGGAACGAUGCUAAAGCUCUAUGUCAAGAUUCCAAUGGCCAUCGUAUUAAUCAACACCAUUUUCCUCUUAAAUCAACCAUUGCAAUCAUUAUUCCACCACAACAUGAAAGAAUUAUUGAAUUACAAUCACCUAUAUCAUCUUCUCCUCAAGUUAUUUUUCGUCCAAACCGAGUCCUUCAAUCUCAUAAUCUUGUUGCUAUACCUAAUGCCCUGCUAUCUAUUAACAAAUAUCGAACAUAUACCACUGUUGUUAAUCCUACUAAUAGAAUAUGCCGUAUUCCUAUUAAUACUACGAUUGGUACAUUUACUAUUCCACCACCUAAUCUUGAAUGUCACAGUAUUACUCUAUCACCUACCAUCGAUCAAUCGACUCCAUCAUCUCCUUCGCUAUCAUCGGACUUGAAUGUUCCGACUUCGAUGGACAACAUUUUCAAUGAAUCACUAGCCCAUUUAUCGGAUCCUGGUCAGAAACUCAUUCUUUAUCAAUUAUUAAAACAAUAUCAAUGUUUAUUUGAUACAUCCGUUCCUUCCAUUGCUAAUCUAACUGCUCCACCUAUGAUUAACACUGGUUCACACCCUCCUGUUCAUUCACAUGUGUAUCGUACUGAUCCCAUUAAAUAA